CUCUCUCUCUCUCAGUUUGCUUUAUGUAGCUUAAAAUCAUAUCUCACACAAUUCAUUCCCAUGCAAUUCUCCAAAUCCAUCAAUUAAUUUAUACAAAUACCUCCAAUAGCAAUUAAACACAUUAAACCCAACCCAUGGCUGAUCAUCCUCUUGUUCUGCAGAUACAUCCACCACAACCGCACCUUCAGCGCUCGUCGAGCACGGAGCUGGGUUCAGAACUAGCAAAUUCAUCAUUAACACCGCCACCAGCAAACCCCAUGGCAACAAAUCUUGAACAGUUGGUGUUGCAAAUUGGACAAUCAUCAACAGCGCCACCACAGCAUGAAGGUAUUUUAAACCUCAAGGUAGGUAAGCCAAUUUUGCUACACAUAAACUCCUUAACACCACCACCAAACCCACCACCACCACCACCAAAGCCAGAAAACCAAAACCAUGAUCUCGCUGCACCAUCUGAUGAUCCGAAACAGCAACUGAAUGCCAUUGUUACACAGUCAAACCCAGCUGUUGAUAAAAUGAAGAUUAAUAAGAACCAAAAACUAAGCACUGCAGGAAGCCUUGCAAACCUUUUACCCACUGGUACAGUUCUUGCCUUCCAAGCCCUCACACCUUCUAUUUCCUACAACGGCCGAUGCCACACGUUCAACCAGUACCUUGUGGCAUUUGUCAUACUAGUUUGUUCUGUCAUAUGUUUUGUGUCAUCCUUCAUUGAUAGCCUGCCAUGGGAAGGCAAAAUAUACUACGGCUUCGCCACAUCCAAGGGUCUUCGUGUUUUGAACGAUGACGAUCACGAGAUUGAUAAAAACGACGACAUUCAGCAGGAGUUGAAGAAGUUGCACGUCAAACGUAAAGACUUUAUUCAUGCGUUUGUCUCGGUGUUUGUGUUCCUGAUCUUUGCUUUUAGCAGCUCCGAAGUGCAAGGCUGCUACUUUCCUAAAUCAAGAGAGUUGGAGUAUUCACUCGUCAUAUAUUUGCCUUUAGUGGUUGGCCUUUUCUCAAGUUUCUUGUUCUCCAUUUUUCCGACUAAACGCAGAGGGAUUGGCUGUGUAUGAACAAUCAUGUAGUGCACCAAAAAAGCCCUUUAUUUUAGGGAGUAACAAUUUGAUCCCUAUCUAUUUACCUGAAAUCUGCUAGCACUCGAAAGAGGUCAGGAGAUUGUAUUAAGGGCUAGUUUGGAUUGAUAUGCUGUGAAAAUAAUUGCUGUCAGAUUUACUGUGAGAGAAAGCAGCUUGGCGUUUAGCAAACUUGUUGUUAAAAGUGUUGUUGAUACUGAUUCCCGCAUAAUCA